AUGGAUAUAUCUGUGUCGAGAAAUGCUUCAUCUCCAGCCACCCGACCUCGGGCACGCAUUGCGUGCUCAUAUUGUCACCGCCGCAAAGUGAGAUGUAAUGUUGCAAUUUGCGGACACCCUUGUACGAAUUGUCGACUGGACGGCUUCGAAUGUGUCACUCGUCCAAAAAAACCAAGAGGCGUUCGAAUUUCGGCCGAACCCACCCAAGCGGUCGAUACUGAUCGGCUUUCGGUUGUAAAUGAGAACCAGGACCAUACACGCAUUCCUGCGAUAACCGACACUCAAAUGAGUAGCCGCCCCACUUCUCCAGCGGACGACAUAGGAAGAUCUUAUGGACCUACUACUGUUGCUACUGAGGCUCCGUUUGUGGAGAUGAGCCGAAAUGCUAGCUCAUAUGAAUUCUCCAACCUUUACAAACCCCAACUCCAGUCCGCGUUGAAUGAAUCAGAAAAUGCCAGCGGCCCACUUCUGCUCUUCAAUUACUAUCCUUGUUUACAAGUCCCAAACCUGCGGAACUUGCAGCCAGCCGAUGUGGCUUUUCUGGAAUCCCAAAAAUGUUUUCACAUUCCCGUGGAAUCAUUUCUAGAAACACUCGUUGCCCAUUAUUUCCUCUACGUGCACCCAUGUUUGCCAAUUGUGGACGAGGCAGACUUUUGGCUGGCAUUUCGUCAAAGGAAGCCAGGGGAGUCUAAGUUCUCUCUACUUACUUUUCAGGCUAUGCUAUUCGUUGCUUGCAGUUAUGUCUCGCUGACUGAUGCUCGGAAAUGGGGGGCUGGAUCGAUUCGUGGCGUGCGAGACUCUUUAUAUCGGCGUGCGAAGCUUCUCUACGAUUUUGGGGUUGAGAAAGAUCAUCUGUGUCUUUCUCAAGCUUUGACAUUGCUUACCUUUCAAAGCACUGCCUCAGAUCACUUAAUAAAUUCCACAUGGCUCACUCUCGCAAUUCAACAAGCUUGUGCGGCAGAUGCACAUGUCUAUCACCAUUGUCCAUCUAACGGUAAAUACAAGCAGUCUGAUCUGAAAAGGCUCUGGUGGUGUCUUGUUAUUCGUGACAGAAUUAUUGCCUUGGGCAUGAGGCGGCCUCUUCAGAUUCUUCCAUCGCACUUUGACACUACAUCCCACUGCCCGUUACUUCUUGAGGAUCUCUCUAGAGAAAUUCACGCCUCUGAAGUUUACGAUCCUGAGACCAAAGUGAUGCUUUCCAAGGUCUUGACCAGCCAGUGUCGGCUUGUCACUGCCUUGACAAUUUUAAUAAUGGCGGUCUAUCCUCCAGACCAGCCCAAAUCUUUGCGGAAAUCCUUUGAGUCGGUGCAAAUCAACGAGAUUAAGUUUCAACUUGAUUACUGGAAAGCCAACCAUAUGCUUCCACCAUCUUCACAAGACUCGGGCUGUCAUCCGUCCAUCUCAUUCUAUAAACAACUGACUUGCGUGUAUUUUGAGACCGCGCGCUUAGCACUGUAUCAUCUCAUCUCUUUCCAAGCUCCUCAACAUGAACGACAGGAGAACUUACCGGAUCUAAUGAACGCCGUUGGGGUAAUCAACGAGAUGGUGAAACGUUUUAUUGUUGAUGGUACGGCUGCGCAUCUUCCUAUCAGUGUCGUAGCGUACACUGUGUUACCCCAGCUUGUGCUGAGCUUCGACCUUCGAUUUUGUGGCAACAGAAUAGGCCGCAAGAACCCGGCACAUGAUUUAAAAAUCUACAAUGAGCUCAAUCGCCAGUAUGAAUUACGUUACAACGUUUCUCAUGUCGCGUCAUGGGUGAAUGAUAUUAUUUGCCUAUUUGAGACUUCCGUUUCGCGUGACACGCUGCGCACUGCAACAAGCGUGCAUUCCAGAGGCCUACAGCCCCUACAUGGCUUCUCUUUACUCCAGCUUCAGCCAGCAAUAUACUUCCAGCUUACUACCUUGGUGGAUACUUCAAUGUCUACCGGUCACUUGGCUCUCGAGGACCUGCAAUCUAUAGGAACCCUGUCGGCAACUUCAUCGAAAGAGCCUUUUUCGCCUUUGGAAACCCUUUCUGGUCCAACCUUGACACUGACAACUACUCCAUAUCCACUUGAUAGCUACCCCAACAAAAGGGUACCUGAAGACGUGGUAAAUAUAGAUUACUAUACCCCAGAAGCUGCGGGGCGCCUCGAAAACCGUAUCAAUGAAGAAACUUGCGCGCCUUGUUUCGAUACUUUCAGCCCUGACAAGGUGCACGAGGCGAGCGAGGAUGAGGAUAGCAUCCAAAUAUCUAGAAGGGAUGCGGCUUCAAUUGACCUGCUCUGGGGCAACAUAGGCCUACUGGGGGAAUGA